AUGUCUGACUGGGAUUCUACUACUGUUAUUGGCAGCAGAGCUCACGCUGGUGGUUCUGGUCCUCGUGCUAAUGUUGCUAGAACUCAAGGUCAAAUUAAUGCAGCUCGUCGUCAAGGGAACGUUUUGUCUGUUGAUAAGAAAUAUGGUUCCACUAAUACUCGUGGUGAUAAUGAAGGUCAACGUCUAACGAUGGUUGAUCGUGAAACCGAUAUUGUUAAACCAAAAAAAUUAGACGCUACUGUUGGUAAAACUAUUUCAAAGGUACGUACAGAGAAAAAGUUAUCACAAAAGGAUUUAGCUACUAAGAUUAAUGAAAAGCCACAAAUUAUUAAUGAAUAUGAAUCUGGUAAAGCUAUUCCAAAUCAACAAGUUUUAGGUAAAAUUGAAAGAGCUCUUGGUGUUAAAUUAAGAGGUAAGAAUAUUGGUGAACCAUUAUUUGGUAAGAAGAAGUAA